UGACGUGAAAUUGAGGGUGGCCGCGCCGACGCUCCGAUAUUGCCGCCAUGGACACGCCACCUCCUCCGUCCAAGCGGGCGCGUGGAGCGUCGCAUGGAACUGCUUCCGCAUCAGCCGCUGGCAAGGCCAAGGCUGCAUCGGCGCUGAGCACACCCGCGGCGACGCCCAAGACCGAGGCGAGAACGCCAAAGCAUAGCACGCAGGCCAACACGACGUUGAAUACGAGCAGCGCGCCCAUGUACAUGGGCCUCCCGAUGGGCAUGUCGUACAUGCCGCUCAACCCGAUGAACUCGUACUUGAAGCGCAACAUGCCACAACCGCUCUCGAUGGACCCGGCGCUGCUGCCCAAGACCAAGUCAGAGCCAGGAAGCGCGUCGAGCAGCAGCAGAAACCUGAGCUCGCCUGGCACGCGCUACGACAGCUCGCUCGGCCUGCUCACCAAGAAGUUCGUGUCUCUCAUCCAGUCGGCGACCGACGGCAACCUCGACUUGAACCAGGCCGCGCUGUCGCUGGGCGUGCAAAAGCGGCGAAUCUACGACAUUACAAAUGUGCUAGAAGGCAUCGGGCUUAUCGAGAAGACGAGCAAAAACAACAUUCACUGGAAAGGCGGAGCGGGCGUGCGCCAGGCGCGGGCGUCGGUGCAGGGCGCCGGCUUCACCGACGGCGACGACGACGACGACAGCAACAGCAGCAGUACGGCGAUCUUUGCGUCCUCGGCCACGCUGACGAGCGACGUUGAAAAGAUGAAGGACGACGUGUCCAAGCUUGUUGAAGAAGAGAAGCUCAUUGAGCAUUUCAUUCGGCACAUGACGCUGAGCGUCAAGCAGCUCCAUGACGAGCAGCAGUGCGACGGCAGUCGGUCGCCGUCCGCCUCGUCGUUGUCCGACGCAGCGCGCUGCUUCAUUUCGCAUCAGGACAUUCGAUCGCUCGAGUCGCUCGCGGACCAGAGCAUCAUGGCCAUCAAAGCGCCGCCAGGCACAACGCUCGAGGUGCCGGACCCGGACGAGGGCAUGCCGCCGGGCACGCGGAGGUUUCAGAUCUUCCUCAAGGCCAACGAAGGGCCCGUCGACGUCUAUUUAGUAAGCCAGGCCCAGUCCGAGACGAUCGUCAAGGAGGAGCCGCCGCUCGACGCGCACGAAGACGCUGGGCUCUUCAAGCUCGCGCCGCUCAAGGCCGACCCCGACUUUUGCUUCAACCUCGACGAGACUGAAGGGAUCUCGGACUUUUUCGGUGCCUACCACGAAUCGAGUCACAUUGGCAUGCUGGACGACGACGACGUCGGCCACGUGGACGACGACGACACACAUUAAUAAUUAUGCACACGAGGCUGCCACGUCAUGCUC